AUGGCAGCUGCAGACGUAGCAGAGCGCUCCGCUCACAAGCGGCCCUUUGCUGCCUGGGUCAAGCGUCUGACCAACCUGCACCCGAGCAGCAAGAAGGCAAAGAAGGCCUCCCAGCUCAAGAACAAUCCAUACCCUCAGUCCGGUCGUCUUCAGCAGUGCCGCCAUGAUUCUCUCAGCUCCCAAUCUGCCUCGGACAAUGCCAGCCUGAACGUCCACCACACUCCCAACUCGACCGCCAGCAGAAACUCGUCGUGCUCGGCUCCUCCUGUCAACAGCAAUCGCUCGCAAGCCAACACUGUCGCUACCAUCCCAGAGACGAUCGCAUCAGAUGGAGGUUAUUUCAAGUCGUCCACCAACGGUCAAGGCGGUGCCCUGAGUUCAGUUGACGGUGCCGGCCCCAACAGCACCUUCUCCUCGCCGAACCAGUCUCAGCAGUCACUCACCACUACUCUGACCACCAUUCAAUCGACCAACGCGCACCUCACUCCCAACCCGGCUCAUGCCCACUUGUCGCAGCAUCCACCCUCAGCUAUUCCUCCACACCUCGCAUCAAACACCAACAACAACCCCCACAACGACAAUGCCUCCAUCUUGACUCUGGCCUCUUCCUCCAAGCGUCGUCGUCGUUCUAUGGAUACCGAUGCCUCUGUUCGUGCCAUUGCUCCCAAGAGCGUGUGGGGUGACAGUAGAGAAUCUCUACCUUUGAGUGUCCUGAGCGCAAACAUAGAUCACUCAUCCACUCGUCCUGCUGUUGGCGGUCUGGUUAGUGCCGAGCGCGCCAGCAUCUACUCGUCGCGUGAUGUGUCAGCUCCUGCCAUUGCCUCCGAUCGCAAUAGCUAUUACGCGGCAAGCCACAGACAAGUCAAAGACAGAGAGCGAGACAAGGAGGCUCAUCGCGAUCGUGAUUUCCCAGCCGAUGGCAGGAGCAUCAACUACGAUGCCAAAUCACUCAACUUCGAUGGCAGAAGUCUCGGUGGUGACGUUGCCAGUCUGAGAGGUUAUGAAGGCAGCGUACGCAGUGGUGCUUUGGGUCACGGCCGCAACGAUAGUAUCCCUAGCGGUGCACCAAGCCCUAUGGUGGGUGGCUCUCCUCUGCUCAGAAGACCUUCGGGUGCUUUGACCUUCAGCUCCGACGUUCGUGACAAGGAGGACCACGAGCCCAUGGACCACAAGACUCAUUCUUAA